AUGAAUUCUCUCCUCGCCACUCUCUCCCUCGCCCUGGCUUCUUUCAACAUCGUCACGGCAGCAAUCACGCCUAUCAGAAGCAGCUCCGCUUCCGUCUCAUACGAUCCCGUCUACGACAACGCCGGCUCGUCUCUGAAUAUCGCAGCCUGUGGCAGUGUGCUGAGUCGAAAGUAUCCCACUUUCGGCAACUUGCCGGGUUUCCCCCAUAUCGGUGGUGCCCUCACCAUCGCAGGCACCGGUAGUCCCAAUUGUGGAAAAUGCUACGAGCUGCACUUCACGGGCAACGGUGUGGAUAAAUCCAUUACGGUCUUGGCUAUUGACACUGCGCCUGCGGGCUUCAACAUUGGUCUUCAGGCGAUGAAUGAUCUUACGGAUGGACAGGCCGAACAGCUGGGUCGGGUUCAAGUCACCUGGACUGAAGUAAAUGCUGCCCAAUGUGCAUGA